AUGUGUGGAGACAGAGCUGCAGAAUCCCGAAUCCAGCAGAUGGCACGUCCAUGUCCUGGUUUUCUGUUGGUCUGUGGGAGUUCGUGCAACAUGCAGCUCGAGCCGUUGACUCGCACUGCUGCAGUGGAGGAGUAAAUGCGGAGCCAGUCACUGCUUCAGGUGAUACACAGCAGCCCAGCCCGGCAGACUACUCCCUCCUCAGCCUUCCCUCUCCUCCUCCUCCUUCUCCUCCUCUUCCUCCUCCUCUUCUUCCUUCACCUCCUCCUCCCCUCCUCCUCCUCUUCCUUCUCCUCUGCCAGUGAUCCAUUCUGCUGAAGGCUUUGAAAAAAGAGGAAAAAAAGCAGAGGAGAAAUCCUGCUUGGCGCCUCCAUUCUCUGAUGUGAAACCCCUCUCCAUGACUGUCCACUGCUCCCCUGUCAUCAUGUGAAGACGCACCGCGUAUGUGCUCCAAUGUCGCUGCAGCAUAGACUCGCUGCAAGACCAGAAGUUUUCACCUUGGUCCUCCUCUCAAAAGUUCAAUGAAGGCAGAAAACUCCCCCCACCCAGGAACAUGAAGGGCUUGUCAGGCAGCCGUUCCCACCACCAAAUCCCUUUACCCCAUGGCAUGGACUAUGACCCCCAUGUCCGUGAGCUCCGUCCUCGCCAUAGUUCUGACUCCCGACAUCCCUACCUGCUCAGCCCCACAGAGAGCUGCCCCAUGGACUUCCACCAUCGCUACUCACCACGGAGCUCCAUCCACUCGGACUGCAUGGUGAUGUCUCCUGUCCUGAUGCCCCCGGCUCCUGUCUCUGACCGCAUCUCCAGCAGCACCUUCCCCAGAAUGCACUACAGCUCUCAGUUUUACGAUUCUGCCACAAGGGAAGACUGCGCUGCUAUCACAGCCUCCGCCACAUCCCCAGCCGUCACUGCUGCUGCAGCUGCCGCGGCUGUGUCCUCCCACCAUGCUGGCACCAAGAGCAACCGCCUGCCUGCUAACCUUCUAGACCAGUUUGAAAAACAACUACCGCUACACCGCGAUGGCUUCCAUACCUUACAGUACCAGCGCACCUCCGCUACUGACCAACGCAGUGAGAGUCCCGGCCGCAUCCGACACCUUGUUCAUUCUGUCCAGAAACUCUUCACCAAGUCUCACUCACUGGAGGGCUCAUCGAAAAUGAAUGGCACAAAGGGUGACAUUGUAGGAGGAGGAGCAGAUUACCAUCAUCAUGGCCACCAUUCCAGCAAACACGGCAGCAAAAGGAGUAAAAGCAAAGAACGGAAACACCGCCCUGGUGGCUGGUGGAGCUCUGACGACAACCUCGACAGCGAUAGCACCUACCGUACACCCAGUGUUAUGUCACGGCAUCACGGAGAGCAUGUAAGCCAUUUUUAUCCAGAUUCCAUGCACAGCCACCAUUUUGGAGACCUGUCACUCAAGCCCUCUAAGAGUAACAACGAUGUCAAGUGCUCCGCUUGCGAAAACAUUGCCAUGGUCCCUGAAGGAAAAUUCAUGAAGAGGAGCUCCUGGUCUACGCUGACUGUCAGUCAGGCCAAGGAGGCCUAUCGGAAAUCUUCACUAAAUUUAGACAAACCGAUGAUGCACACAGACCUCAAGUCUUCACGGACUUGUCACUACUUACAGGUGCCCCAGGAUGAAUGGAGUGGAUACCCAUGUGAGAAGGAUGAGGAGAUCCCAUGCCGGCGAAUGCGCAGUAGCAGCUAUGUAAAAGCGAUGGGAGAGGUGGACGACGAAAGCGGCGACUCUGACACCAGCCAAAAGACCUCCCCACAGAAGGCCAUUCGGCCAGAUGCCCUCGUCCUCAAAUCAGCCAUGCAGAGAGCACACAUAGACUCACACAGCCAGGGCUACCACUUGCAAACCAAAAGAGAUAUGCGGGUUCACCCUAACGUCACCUUGGACCCAGCCACCACUGUCCAUCCGCCACCCUUCCGCUCUCGCAACCAGAGCUACAUGCGUGCUGUCAGCACCCUCAGUCAGGCUAGCUGCCUCAGUCAGGUGAGUGAGACUGAGAUCAAUGGCCAGUUUGAGUCAGUUUGCGAGUCCGUUUUUAGUGAAGUAGAAUCCCAGGCCAUGGAGGCCUUGGACCUGCCGGGUUCAUUCCGCACUCGAAGCCACAGUUACCUCCGUGCAAUUCAGGCUGGUUAUUCCCAAGAUGACGACUGCUUGCCUUCAAUGACAUCCUCCACUGUCACUUCAACCCUCAGAUCCACAACAGGGAUUCAAUUUCGUCUCCCUACUUCCUGCAGUGUGGAUCGUGCUCAGCCUCCACCAGCGGUGUCAUAUACCCCCAGUUACAAGAAGACUCCACCUCCUGUGCCCCCGCGCACCACCACCAAGCCUCUUAUCUCUGUGACAGCCCAGAGCAGCACAGAGUCCACCCAAGAUGCCUACCAGGAGGGCAGGCAUAUACGAGGUGGACUGUGGACCACGGAUAGCCUUGGGCGUCCCAUCUACAGCUCCACAGACAGCCUGGACAGCACCAAGGCGGUUACCAUGGUCAUGGAGUCAGCAGCAAGCAAGAGGCAUGCAUCUUUGGGCAGCCACACCUCAGUGCAGACAUGUGACAAAGCAGUACUGGUGUCCAAGGCUGAGGAGUACCUCAAAACCCCACGUUCCUCCAUUGGGAUUCAGGUGGAAACUGUGACGGACUCCGAGACUGAAAGCAAAGGCCUUCCUCAGUUCCAUUCAAUAGGGAUCCAGGUGGAGGAUCAAAAACGGCAUGGAAGGUUCAAACGCUCCAACAGUGUGACCACUGCAGUGCAAGCAGACAUGGAGUUAGAGGGCUUUCCUUCCAUGCAGGACAAGAGCCUGCAAUUUGGUGGGGCCUUUGGCCGCCACUCUGAGCCCAGCACACCCACACAGUAUGGGGCCAUCCGCACUGUGCGCACCCAGGGUCUGUUCAGUUACCGGGAAGACUACCGGCCUUCCAGCGGGCCUCCCAGUCCUCAGCCUGAAUCCUGGCUGGUUGAACACAGCCUUGAGAGCUCUGAAACAGGCCGAGUGUCACCACUACGCAGGGACGGAAGUUGGUUCAUGCAGCUCCUUCAUAAUGAAACCAAGCGGCUGGAGGGGUGGUGCAAAGAGAUGGAGAGAGAGGCAGAGGAACACGACCUUUCAGAGGAGAUCCUGGGAAAGAUCCGGAGUGCGGUGGGCAGUGCUCAGCUGCUGAUGUCACAGAAGUUUCAACAGUUCUACUGGCUAUGUCAGCAGAAUCUGGACCCCAGUGCCAUGCCCAGACCCACUUCACAGGACCUGGCUGGAUUCUGGGACCUUUUGCAGCUUUCCAUUGAUGACGUCACUGCCAAGUUUGAUGAGCUGCAGCAAAUCAAAAGUAACCAUUGGCAGCUGUUGGAGAGCCCAGAGAAGAAGGAACAGAAGUGGCCACAACCUCUAUCAAAGAGGCCAGCCAAAGGUCGCGUGACCCGGGAACGAUCUCUGGACCUCCAGGACCGCCAGCGACAGGAAGCUCGAAGACGCCUCAUGGCAGCCAAACGGGCAGCUUCUUUCAGACAGAACUCAGCUACCGAGCACGCUGACAGUAUUGAGAUCUACAUCCCUGAAGCCCAGACACGACUUUGAGGUCCACGGAUUCACCCUUAGCUCUUCAUCAGCCCCUCCAUCAUUCAAUGCCUCACCCAAGUCGUCUUCUGUUAUCAGCAUGUUUGUCUCUGUCAUUGUCAUCUGGUGCCAUUCUCUUGGUUGCCCGUACUGAAGCUGCACUAGGCAAAAAUAUUUGGUAUCAGAAAUGACUUUGUGGCGCUGCCAU